ACAAAAAAAAAAGAGGAUACAGAGAAACCUCUGGAGCGGCAUUUUAUGCUCCUCUUUCCUUUCUAUGAAUCUAUCUCAUCUCUAUUUCCUCUCUCCCUUCUCCCUCGCCAUGGCGAUUCCACUGAACCAAUUCCAACAACAACAAUCCAAAUCUUUGAGAAAUUUGUUAUCUAUGGAUGGUCAGAUGUCAUCACCGGUCGCCUUCUUCAACUCCACAAAUUUCGCCGAUCAAUCUCAACCCCAAUAUAUCUCUCCCUUUCACGUGGCCGGAUUUGCUCCUGCUCCGACUCCGGCAACAGACUGUGGCGGCGGCGAUAUGCGGUGGAAGAAUGGUUCGGAGCCGAAGAAGAAAAGGUUAAAAGAACAGGAUUUCUUGGAGAACAACUCCCAGAUAUCUUCGGUGGAUUUCUUCCAAACACGGUCGGUUUCCACAGGUUUGGGGUUGUCACUGGAUGAUAGGCGUAUGGCAUCUUCAGGUGAUUCACCUCUUUUCUCGCUCCUCGAUGACGAUAUCGAUGGGGAAUUGCAGAGACAAGAGGCGGAGAUGGAUCGAUUCGUCAAAGUUCAGGGUGAGCAGAUGAGGCAAGCAAUCCUAGAGAAGGUUCAGACAAAUCAGAUCCAAACUCUAACUAUUGCAGAAGAAAGGAUCCUUCAGAAGCUCCGUGAAAAAGAAGCAGAGGUGGAAGACAUAAACAAGAAAAACACAGAGCUUGAAGAGCGAAUGAAACAGUUGAGCAUGGAAGCAGGUGCUUGGCAGCACAGAGCAAAGUGCAAUGAGAACAUGAUAACCACCCUCAAGUUCAAUCUCCAGCAAGUUUUUGCUCAAAGCAGGGACAGCAAGGAAGGAUGUGGUGACAGUGAGGUAGAUGACACAGCCUCUUGCAAUGGUGAAUCUAUUGAUUUUCACCUGGUUUACAAAGAGAACAAGGAUCUAAAAGAGUUGAUGACUUGUAAGGUUUGCAGAGUCGAUGAAGUUUGCAUGCUGCUAUUGCCCUGCAGGCAUCUAUGCCUGUGUAAAGAUUGUGAGAGUAAGCUUAGUUUCUGUCCCUUGUGUCAGUCCUCAAAAUUUAUUGGCAUGGAGGUCUAUAUGUAGUGGGUCAACUUUCAUAUGAUAUUAGAGUUAUAUGUACAUCCAUCUUAUUGAUCUUGUUUACCGUGAUUAUCAUUAAUUUGACGUUUUCCCUUCAAUUA